CCCUAUAUACUGUCCGGCUUACAAGUGUCUAACAGUUCCACUCACGUUUGUACAUCGGUAGGCGAAAUUUCUUGGUUCCCACAGCAUUAUUGAUUUUGUGCAUCUCACCAUGGAGAGCAAGGAAACAAGAUUAUUCACUUUGCUGGCUGACGCCAAUCCAGACCUGGACGAAAUAAGAGAUUUAUUAGAAGAUGAUGACGUCAACAUCAACUGUGUCAAUCGGCAAGGUCUGAAUUUACUCCUCCAGCUAGUCAAGCGUCCAAAAGGUGAAAACAUGUUGGAAUUAGUUAACGUCUUGAUUGAGCGCGGAAUUCAAAUCAACUUCAAGGAUCCCGAAGAGAAGAAGAAUGUUCUUCAUUAUCUCUGCACCAGUUACUUUCAAGAUGAUAUGAUAGACAUCAUCAAACUCUUCAUUCGACACCAAAUCGAUCUCAAUUGCAUUGACGACUACGGAGAGAAUGCGCUUUUCUACUUGUGCGCUAAUUAUUCAAAUGACAAUUUGGACCAGGUAAUGAAAUUCUUGAUUGACAAUGGAUUACAGGUCAAUUGCCAGAGUGAACACAACAGGAACCUCCUUCACCUCUUGUGCAACUAUUACGAAAAGGAAAAUCUAAUCAAAGUAGUUCGCCUUUUGCUGGACAGCGGAAUCGAAGUGAAUUCCACCACGAAAUGCGGCCGGAACGCCCUGCAUCUCUUGUGCGAAUAUUACCAACAGGACAAUUUGGUGGACAUUGCUCAACUCUUGCUGGACAAUGGAAUCCAAGUGGAAGAGGACAAAUGGAACGCCUUACACCUGGCUUGCCGAUUUUAUAGUAGAGACAAUCUCAUCUCUUUAGUCAAACUAUUGAUCGAUAAGGUGGAGGACGUGAACUACCGGGACAGCGACGGGAGAAACGCCCUCCACAUUUUGUGCCGGAGUUAUUCCAAGUCAAAUUUGAUAGACAUUAUCGAACUGUUGAUCGAAAAUGGCAUCGACAUCCACUGCAAAGACAAGGACGGAUGGAAUGCCUUCCUCAUUGUUUGCCGGACAUAUUCCAAACGAAAUCUAAUCGACAUGGUCCAACUUUUCGUUCGCCACAAAGCGGACGUCAACAGCACAGACAGAGACGGAAACAACGCUGUUAAUGGCUUGUGUUUGAAUUAUUUCCAAGAGAAUUUAACCGACGUAAUUCAGGUGUUGCUCGAAGCGGGAACUGAUAUCAACUGCCGGAACAACAGCGGAAUAAACGCUCUACUCUAUUUGUGCAAAAACCAGAAAAACCAACUGAUUGAAAAAAUUCAUUUCUUGAUGGACAAACGGAUCGACGUGCAUUGCAAGGACAACGACAGAGCCAACGUCCUUCAUUAUCUGUGUCGCUAUUAUCCCAAAGAUGAUCUGUACGAAAUUGUCAAAUAUCUAAUUAAAAAAAGGGAAGUCGACAAGGAGUUCCAUGAUAGUGACGGGUGGUUGGCUCUUCACUAUUUGUGUCGCUAUUACAACGGAGGAAAUAUGCUCCAAAUAAUUCAGCUGUUUAAACCCCGCCGAGGUCCGAUUUCGAAUGGCAUUGAUUGUCGGUCGCUAGUUCGAGACAAUUAUAAAAAGGGGAACAUCGUUGAAAUCCUUCAAUAUUUUGAGUCUUGAAAAUGAAGAAAGAUAAUGUACACACGUUUAGUUUUUAUUUAAUUAGAAAAAUGAAAUGUCCUUUUGUAAAUAUUUCGUUAUACAAUUGUAAAAGUUACUCUGAAUUCUAAUCACCUUGAUUUGUAUGGGACUAACCGACUGUCUAGUCGAAUGCGCGUUUCUCUUAUUGUGAUUUAGUUGUUAUUUGAUGCUCACUAAAUGCAAAUUCUUGUGACUACAAGAGGCAAUCAUACCCACGAGAACAUACUACAAACAAACAAAAAACUUGGCUCAAGUUGACCUGAAUGUCGUUGAACCCGGAAGAGUUGAUAGUGAAAGCCUUUCUUUUAAAAUUGUUGACCUGAAAUCAGAAAUCAUCCCCAAGGUCCGCCACUUUUACUUGAUAUACCGUUUACAUUUCUUGACCUUUCUCUGGAGGUGUCGCUGACCGC